CAGGAAUUAAUCGGCGUCCAAACAACUCUGGAUCGCGUGAUCACGUGUCAUAUCUAUCCGUAACAGACGAAAUUGGAGAAAUUUAAAUGCGACGUCGCUGGCGGCAAUUGCCAGGCGGCGCAUCGAUAAUUCGUGAAAGACGCAUUUGUUCCGACUGCACUUUCUACACUUUAUCGCUGCGAUGCAUACUGCAAAUAUGAUAUUAAAUAGAGAGAAAGGAAAGAGAAAAAAAAGAAAAAAAACGAACGAUGGCAUGAAAAGAAAAAAUGAACAGAACCACUGUAGAACUCAUCGCAAGUGCAGAAAGCGCAAAUGAUAGUUGGUACAACAUCGCGCAACAACAAGAAACGGACCCGUGGUUUGCCGAUCGUAUUGUGUACAACUUCAAAAUCUAAAGGAGAAGCAAGUGGUCGAAUUGUAUCCUGCACGCUUAGUUGUUAAGUCCAAGGAUGACUUCGUUCGGUCGCGGUCGUGGAUGGUCCAAUCAGAACCAUAACCAGGAUAAAGAUCAAGGGCUACGUAGACCAGGAGGAAGCGUGUCCAGCAGCAACAACAAGGUCCUGAAGGACAUAAUAGAUAAGAUAGUUUCGUACGACGAGUGUGAGAGCGUCCUGCCACAGGUGAUCCAGGACAUCGUAGACCUGUUGACCGUUGCAGUCAACGAGGACAGUCUGAGAUUUGUAUGUGACUCUCUUUGGAAGCAAGCUAUAUACCACUCAUUGACCAUGAAAAUAGCUGUGAUAUUCAGCGAUAACAUGGUUGCACGGUUAGAAGAUAAUAAUAAAAACACUAUACGAAGCCGCUUCUUACGUUUCCUUCAGGAUAAUUAUAUAUCUAAGGAAAAAGAUAGAGAAGAGGAUAAAAGAACAUUUGCCAAUAAAGUUUUACUUCAUUCAGAAGUUUACUAUCACAUGAAAUUGAGCGAUGGAAAUAGAUUAAAAAUAUUAGCUGAGCCGUUAAUUCAAUAUUUAGAAGAUCUACUGCAAGACAAUCCUAAGGAUAAUAUUUAUUUCAUCAUGAUACAGAUACUUAGAGCUGGUAAAGAUCUUUAUGCAGCGUGUCCAGGUGGAUUAGAGAGCUUAAUAAUGACAAUCAGGCAAUUGCUGGUAAAGGAAAACUUACAUAGUCCCGAGAACUAUGCGGCAUUAUUACUAAUCAUAGAGUUAAGCAAUAACGACUAUGAAAUUAAGGACACGCGGUUGAAACAUUUUUAUUUCUCAAAUAUCAAGUCUCUCUCUUUUGAACCUCCAUUUUUUCAUGAAGAAUUAAAGGUGAUCUUAACGACAAAGACUGAAAAUGAUAAUCAAUUGCGGGAAGUUGAGAAUAAUCAACGAACUGUAAAAGAAGAAGUGAAAAAUGAUAUAUCUGAGCAUGGCAAUUAUUCAAAAAAUUCUAGCGUUCCAAGAGCGAUACGCGGCUCAGGUGCACUGGAUAAAUCAAAAAAAGGAACUAAUAUUAAUGCAAAAUCAAAUUCAUUGAGGACAACUCCACCGAGGGAAAGGAACAAGGGUUGGGGUCAUGAUGAUAGGUUUCAUGAACAUUAUGAAUAAAUAUCUACCUUAUACGAGGCACUUGUAUGCAAUAAUGACAGUUAUAAAAUUCUUUCUAUAUUGUAAUUUCAACAG